CAAGGACGGCGGGACUCCACUCCACCUAAGCCAUGUCAGCCAACCUCACAGAGGGCAGCGCCAAGUCCAAUGGGACUGGGCAGGCACUGAAUUCUCCUGUCCUUUGUACUGAAACAGUGACUUUCACUGCAGAGGUGGAAGGAGAGGAAUGGGGCUCCUUCUACUACUCCUUCAAGACUGAGCAGUUGAUAACUCUGUGGGUCCUCUUUGUUUUCACCAUUGUUGGAAAUGCCAUUGUGCUGCUCUCUACCUGGAGGAGGAAGAGGAAGUCAAGGAUGACCUUUUUUGUGACUCAGCUGGCCAUCACAGAUUCUUUCACAGGACUGGUUAACAUCUUGACAGAUAUCAUUUGGAGAUUCACUGGAGACUUCAUGGCACCUGACCUGGUUUGCCGCGUGGUCCGCUAUUUGCAGGUUGUGCUGCUCUAUGCCUCUACCUACGUCCUGGUGUCCCUCAGCAUAGACAGAUACCAUGCCAUCGUCCACCCCAUGAAGUUCCUGCAAGGAGAAAAGCAGGCCAAGGUCCUCAUCACAAUUGCCUGGAGCCUCUCUUUCCUGUUCUCCAUUCCUACCCUUAUCAUAUUUGGGAAAAGGAAACUCUCCAACGGUGAAGUGCAGUGCUGGGCCCUGUGGCCCGACGACUCCUACUGGACCCCGUACAUGACCAUCGUGGCCUUCCUGGUGUAUUUCAUCCCCCUGACAAUCAUCAGUGUCAUCUAUGCCAUUGUGAUCAAAACUAUUUGGGUCAAAAGCAAAGCCUAUGAGACAGUGAUUUCCAACUGCUCAGAUGGAAAACUGUGCACCAGUUACAACCGAGGGCUCAUCUCAAAGGCAAAGGUCAAGGCCAUCAAGUAUAGUGUUGUCAUCAUUCUCGCUUUCAUCUGCUGUUGGAGUCCCUACUUCCUCUUUGACAUUUUGGACAAUUUCAGCCUCCUUCCAAACACUAAGGAGCGUUUCUACGCCUCUGUGAUCAUUCAGAACCUGCCUGCCUUGAAUAGUGCCAUCAACCCCCUCAUCUACUGUGUUUUCAGCAACUCCAUAUGCUUCCCCUGCAGGGAGCAAAGAUCACGGGAUUCCAGAAUGACAUGUCGGGAGAGAACUGAGAAGCAUGAGAUGCAGGUUCUGUCCAAGCCAGAAUUCAUGUAGGUCAUGGGGCAGUGGUAGCACUGGGCUGAGCCCCAUCAACUCUCCUGGGUUCCCAUUAGCACCUUGGGCCUGUGUAUAAAGCUUGAGCCAACUUCUCUGCCCUGCACCUUUCA